UGAGGUGGCUGCGUUGUGGAUUGUCCAAAGCCACAGGGAAAAUGGUGGAAAAUUCACCGUCGCCAUUGCCAGAAAGAGUGAUUUAUGGUUUUGUUCUUUUCUUAAGUUCUCAAUUUGGUUUCAUACUUUAUCUAGUGUGGGCAUUUAUUCCUGAAUCUUGGCUAAACUCCUUAGGCUUAACCUAUUGGCCUCAAAAAUACUGGGCGGUCGCAUUACCAGUCUACCUCCUUAUUACUAUAGUGAUCGGUUAUGUACUCUUAUUUGGAGUUAACAUGAUGAGUACCGCGCCACUCAACUCCAUUCACACAAUCACAGAUAACUAUGCUAAAAAUCAACAGCAGAAGAAAUACCAAGAAGAAGCCAUUCCAGCAUUAAGAGAUAUUCCCUUAGUGAAGUAAAUAAGAUGUUCUUUCUUACAGGAAGAGAACUUCACACCAAAAAGUGAAUUGUGUGUAG